AAAUUAUAUUACAAGGAGAAGGAAGUUUUUGUUAGAUUCUUCCUUUCUUUGGCGUGAAAGCUAAGUCAGAACGCCAAACGUAAAUGUACCUCGGACUGCUCUCUAUUCUUCUCUUCUUCUAGUUCUUAUGUCAGUCUCUUGAAACUACCGAAAAAGGAUUCUUCCUUCUCUGCAGCUCGUUCCCGUACAGUUUCCGCAAUUCCUUCAAUUUUUGCUUCUGGGAAAUUAUGGUCCAGAGGAGGGUGAUGAGCUGGAGGAUGGUGUUCGAGUCUUUUCAAGCUCUUGUGGCACAUGGCUUGCUCUUCUCCUUCACUCUCUUGCUUGCGUUCAAGCUUCAACAUGCCGUGCUUCGCUCGUGGUGGUUCGUGAUUUCCUUUUUCAUUGUUUUUUUCCCCGUUUUAUGGAUGUUCGUUUUGGAUGAAUUGAGAAAGUGGAAGAAAAGGAUCAUAUUUGCCCCUUUGUGGCUCUUUCAUGUAGUUGUUGCACGAGGCAGAUUUUCCUUGCCUGCUCCUUCGCUGCCGCAUGAUCGCCAUUGGGCACCUUGUCAUUCCAUCAUGGCAACGCCAUUGCUUGUUGCCUUUGAACUGCUUCUUUGUAUACAUCUCGAGAGUAUUUAUGUUGUAGACUUGAAGAUUGUCUUUCUACCCUUGUUGACAUUUGAAAUAUCAAUUUUGAUUGAUAAUAUCAGGAUGUGUAGAGCUUUAAUGCCUGGAGAUGAAGAAACUAUGACUGACGAAGCCAUAUGGGAGACCCUUCCUCACUUCUGGGUUGCAAUUUCUAUGGUCUUCUUUAUUGCCGCAACAACAUUCACUCUUUUGAAGAUAUGCGGUGACAUUGCUGCUCUAGGCUGGUGGGACUUGUUUAUAAACUUUGGCAUUGCAGAGUGCUUUGCCUUUCUUGUUUGCACAAGGUGGUAUAAUCCAGCAAUUCAUAGGCAGUCUCACAUUAGAGAAUCCCAUUCAUCUUCAAUGAGUAUUACAUAUCUUGAAUGGAAUGGAGGCUUAGUGAUUUCUUCAGAUGAAGACCAGCGCCAGACUGGAAUGUGCAACCUGCAGGACGUUGGUGGACAUAUUAUGAAAGUUCCAUUUAUUGGUUUCCAGAUCCUUCUUUUUAUGCGCUUAGAGGGAACUCCACCUGGUGCUAGACAUAUCUCAUUCCCAGUUCUGUUUGCUCCUCUGUUUUUGUUGCAAGGAGCUGGGGUCUUAUUUGCUGCAUAUAGAUUGGUGGAGAAAAUUGUUCUUUUAGUGCACACUGGAGUGGUCUCUGGAUCAUACGCUGCUUUAGCAUCAAAAGCUUGCAACUUUUUUGGGUUUUUGCAACAUGGAUCAAGAUUGCUUGGUUGGUGGUCAAUUGAUGAAGGAAGUCAAGAGGAACAGGCUAGACUCUAUAAUGCUGGGAUUUCUGGGUACAAUACUUUUGCUCCUGAUAUUGUGAAGAAAAUGCCUAAAUCAGAUCUUGUUGAGGAGAUAUGGAGAUUACAAGCUGCACUUAGUGAGCAAACGGAGGUCACAAAGUUUAGUCAGCAGGAGUACGAAAGGCUUCAAAAUGAAAAGAUCCUAUGUAGAGUAUGCUUCGAAGAACAGAUUAAUAUAGUUCUUCUGCCAUGCAGGCAUCACGUCCUUUGCAGCACUUGUUGUGAAAAGUGUAAAAAGUGUCCUAUCUGCCGCGUUUCUAUAGAAGACCGUUUGCCCGUCUAUGAUGUGUAGUUUCAGCUCAGAUAGGAGGCCGCCAGGGUAAGGCUUCCUCCAAAACCAUACAUUGUUGCUUGUGUUUUUGACUAAGCAAGCACUUUGAAGCUGGCAAAUAUGGUUAUUUUGAUCAUUUUUGUCAGUGUAAUAGAUCACAUCGGGAACUGUAUAUAAUAUAUAUAUAUAUAUAUACUAGUUUGUAGUGCACAACUAAUCGAAACACUUGCUGUUUUGCAUGUCUUGUUAACAUCUUAGUGUUACAAUGGGUGUUAGCUUUAUGGUCAAUGAUUAUAGUGAAAUUCAAACUAUUUU